AGGCAAACCCCAGUCUCCUCCCCAGCAUCUCAGCUCCAUGGCAGCCGCCAUGUUUUGGUUCAUGGAAGGAGCAGGUGACGUCACGCGGUACCUGUCACAGCAGAGCGUGCAGAGGUGAAGAAAUCAAAAUAAUGAGGGAUAAAUCUUCUGCUGAGGUGUGUCCCAUACUGCUGCACUGAAUGAUGGGUGUGUGGGCCAGAGCAGCGGCUCUGUCUCUGGUGCUGCAACAGCUGGUGCUCACUGUCACAGCUCAAGGCAUUAUCUAUGACCUGCUGGUGUCUCCUGACUGCCUGCCAGACUUGCUCCAAGGAAGCCUGAAGAACAAAGGGCGAGAUGAGGCGUUCAUCCUGUCUUCCUUCAGGCUCCACAGCAAGGCCCCCACCUCUCUCUACAGUAUCAUCAACCCCAAAGAUAACACCAAGUACCUGGAGCUCAGUGUGCAGGCCAAACUCAGCAAGGUUACCAUUCGUUACCAGAAGACUGAUGGCAGAUUUGGCACAACCAGUUUCAAUCACGCCUCCCUGGCAGAUGGGCAAGAUCACCAUGUGAUGCUACACGCCAGUGGUUUACAGGGCGGUCCACCUCGCCUUCACAUCUAUGUAGACUGCAGACUGGUGCACACUUUGGAGGAUCUGCCCGCUGCAUUUGGGUCACUCCCCCAAGGUCCCAACAAGGUGGCACUUAGGACACUGCAGUCUAGUGGACAGGAUGAACUGACAGACUUGAAGCUGGUGAUAGAGGACACCAUAGAUAAUGUGGCGACUCUGCAGGACUGCAGCGUGGAUCAGCGUGAAUCUCUGCAGCUGUUAAGUAUCCAGGGAGGCAGGGCGGCACAGGACAAGGCCACCAUGCAGGAGCUGAAGAAAAUGUUUGCUGAGAUGAAGGAGCUGCUCCACCAGCAGAUUAAGGAGACAACUUUUCUUAGGAAUACCAUCGCAGAGUGUCUCGCCUGUGGUCUUGGGGGCAAUCCAACUAACCCAGCUCAAACUCCAGAUCCUGGGCAGUUUGUCAUGCGGCCUCAGCCUCUGACCCAGUGUCCACCUGGGACCUGUUUCAGACAGAGCAUGUGCAUCCCUUCAGAGUCGGGGGGUUUCCAAUGUGCCCCCUGUCCUGAUGGAUAUACAGGAGACGGGGUACACUGUGAUGACGUAGAUGAGUGCCAGUUUAGCCCAUGUUACCCUGGUGUCCUGUGUGUGAACACUGCUCCCGGUUUCCGCUGUGAGAAAUGCCCUCUGGGAUACAGCGGACCAGAGUUAAAUGGAGUGGGAGUGUCCUAUGCCAAGUCUAACAAACAGGUGUGUGAUGAUAUAGAUGAGUGUUUGAGCCCACCAGAGAAUGGAGGCUGCACUCCCAACUCACACUGCUACAACACAAUCGGCUCCUUCCGCUGCGGAGAGUGUAAAACUGGCUUCACAGGUGACCAGACACAUGGAUGUCAUGGCACCAGGCUUUGCCCCAACGGUCAGCCCAGCCCCUGUGACAUCAAUGCUGAGUGUAUCUUAGAGAGAGAUGGCAGCAUUAGCUGUGUGUGUGGUGUUGGCUGGGCAGGUAAUGGCUACGUGUGUGGAAAGGACACAGAUAUUGACGCAUAUCCUGACAAUAAACUUCAGUGCAGAGACGGCAACUGUAAGCAGGAUAACUGUGUGUUUGUGCCAAACUCUGGCCAAGAGGACGCAGAUGGGGACGGGAUGGGCGACUCCUGUGAUGAUGACGCAGACAGUGAUGGCAUCAUUAACAUAGAUGACAACUGUUGGCUCACUCCAAAUGUGGACCAAAAGAACAGCGAUAAGGAUCUCCAUGGUGACGCCUGUGACAACUGCAGAUUGGUCGACAAUCCCUCACAGAGGGAUACUGAUCAGGACGGGUUGGGAGAUGAAUGUGAUGAUGACAUGGAUGGGGAUGGCUUGAAGAAUAUCCUGGACAACUGCCAGCAAAUCCCCAACCCAGACCAGAGCGACAGAGACAAUGACGGGGUGGGAGAUGUCUGUGACAGCUGUCCUGAUAUGGCCAAUCCCAACCAGUCCGACUCUGAUGAUGACCUCGUAGGAGACACCUGUGACGACAACAUAGACAGUGAUGGUGAUGGCCACCAGAACACAAAAGACAACUGUCCCACAAUCAUCAACUCCUCUCAGCUGGACACCGACAAGGAUGGAAUGGGAGAUGAAUGUGACGAUGACGAUGAUAACGACGGCAUACUGGACAACGAUGACAACUGCAGACUAGUUCCCAAUCCAGACCAGAAGGACACUGAUAGGAACGGUGUUGGAGACGCAUGCGAAGGAGAUUUUGACAAAGACAACAUCAUCGACAGAAUCGACCACUGCCCGGAGAACGCUGAGGUCACCCUGACCGACUUCAGAGCCUAUCAGACCGUAGUGCUGGAUCCAGAGGGAGACUCUCAGAUUGACCCCAACUGGGUGGUCCUAAAUCAGGGUAUGGAGAUAGUUCAGACCAUGAACUCUGACCCUGGCCUUGCUGUAGGCUACAAAGCUUUCAGUGGGGUUGACUUCGAGGGAACAUUCCACGUAAACACGGUGACGGAUGAUGACUAUGCUGGCUUCAUCUUUGGCUACCAGGACUCCUCCUCCUUCUACGUGGUGAUGUGGAAACAGACUGAACAAACCUACUGGCAGGCUGCGCCUUUCAGAGCCGUCGCUGAGCCGGGAAUACAACUCAAGGCUGUGAAGUCAAAGACGGGUCCUGGUGAGCACAUGAGGAACUCCCUCUGGCACACAGGAGACACCCCCAACCAGGUGCGUCUCCUGUGGAAGGACCCCAGGAAUGUUGGCUGGAAGGACAAGGUCUCCUACCGCUGGUUCCUCCAGCACAGACCGCAGGUUGGAUACAUCAGGGCUCGCUUCUUUGAGGGCCCGUCACUGGUGGCGGACACAGGGGUAAUCAUUGACACCAGCAUGAGAGGCGGGAGACUGGGCGUGUUCUGCUUCUCUCAGGAAAAUAUAAUCUGGUCCAAUCUGAAGUACAGAUGCAACGACACCAUUCCUGCUGACUAUGAGGAUAUCAAUGCCUAGAAGACAGAGUGACGCCAGAGAAGGGGAGCGAUCUAUCGAGGAAACAACUCCAGCUCUGCUGAAAAAGUGGAUAAACGGAGCAGAGCUGCAACAGAGGUAGAGGACAGGAGUUAGAGACAGAAAGAUGAAUGUGAGAGGGAACAUGGUGGACAGUUUUUAGUGAUAGUAUUUUAACUUUGUCAUUGGAGUGAGGAGCUCUUUGGAAAGCAUCGCAUUGGGCAUUAUAUACUUAGUGUGUAACUGAAGUCAGCGCAUUCUUGUAUAAAUCAUCAGCAGGUUCUGUGUAUGUCUAUGCAAUAUCUCACAUGGGAGUUUAUCAGUAUUUUACCGUUAAAGAUGCAGUACCUUUUGAAUAUGUUGCAAGUU